AUGGGCGUUGAAAAGAGAAAACAAGAGACUGCUGCAGCUGGUGAUGAAAAUCAGAAAUCAAGAAAGCUUGCUCGCACAAGAAUAAGUUCCGGAGUAGUGCCGUUAGAUGAGAUCCCCACAUCCUCCCAUUAUCAUGUCUCCUUCAUGCACAAAUCCAAUGUCACCCAUGCUAUUUCAUCAGCAAGACAUGGAUAUGUUGUGACGGCUUGUGAUCAAGGAAUUGUCAAGUUUUGGAAACGAACCCCUUCCAUUCCACUCGAAGCCAGCAACGACAAGAAGACCUCUAAUAAUAAAAUGAAGGAGGAGGAAUCGUACCCAUGUCUCGAGUUUUGCAAGUCUUACACGGCUCAUGUGGGUCCUAUUAUGGCACUGUGUCUGGAUCCAUCGGAAGGAACAGCAGCAUCCAUCGGAGCCGAUGGUCUCAUCAAGAUAUACGAUGUGUCCACCUUUGAUGCCACGUCCAUGAUCAAGACGUCUCAUACCUUUGGAAAUGCAGCAUCCUUUCUGCAGGAUGCGGCCAAGGAUCUGCUACUGGCAAUUAGUGAUGCCAAUGAUGGAAGUAUACACAUUUAUUCCUUGGGGACCUUACAGCUCAUCCAAACCUUGCAAUUCCAUUCGGGACCAGUGACGGCAUUGGCCUACAAUACGAAACACAAGUGUUGCGUCAGUUGUGACAAGCAAGGUACCAUCGAACUAUGGGAUUGCACUCGUGGAUCCAAGGAGAGCGAAGCGGUCGGCUCAUCCUGUUCCAUGACAAGCAAUCAAUUAGAGAUCAACAACAAAAUGAAGACGGAUCUGUAUAGCUUGACAAAGAAGAAGACAUAUGCAGUGUCAAUGUACAUGGGCCAGAAUUACUUUGUUAUUUUUGGUGCGGAUCACAAAGUCCGAGUCUUUGAACUUGGUUCUGGCAAGAUUGCCGUUCGUUACGACGAACGACUCAGCGUGUAUGAAGCAAAUAGUGCCAAGUUUGGUAUGGACGAUAUCACCUUUGGCAAGCGGGCGUCCGUGGAACGAGAAAUGCAAGAGCAGACCGAUAUUCCUCUGCAGCAAUUGGUGCAGUUGGACCCCUCGGAACGGAUUUUGAUGAUUUCGACCAUGGUCGGUAUCAAAUUGAUCGACUGGAAACGGAACAAAGUCUUGAAGAUUGUUGGCAAGGCGGAUGCUAGUCAGUUACGAUUCUUGUCGUUUUGUCUCUGUCUUGGGGAUGCAAAAGUCAAUCAGCAGAUGCAGCUAUCAAGAGGACAAGGGGGCUCUGUCGCGGUUGGUGACCGAAAGGCUUCCAAUGAUUCCCUCAUUGUUGCUCUAAGCUACAAACAACGACGAUUCUAUGUAUUUUCUCAUAUUGAUCCACUCAAAGAUCAGGACCAAGAAGAAGUGUCCCGCGAUGUUUGGAACGAAGCUCCAACAUCUCAAGAUCGACUGCUCGGAUCCGAAGUAUCCAAUAUAACAGGGGCCAAUAAUGCAGCCGCCUAUUCGAAAGCAAUAUUGCGAACUACCAUGGGGGACAUUCAUAUCAAGCUAUUUGGUGGUAUACCAAAGACACUCGAGAAUUUUUGUACUCAUGCUCGAUCCGGGUAUUAUGACAAUGUGAUCUUUCACAGGUGCAUCAAGGAGUUCAUGAUUCAAACAGGGGAUCCUUUGGGUGAUGGUACGGGUGGCGAAAGCAUUUGGGGUGGUGAAUUUGAGGAUGAGUUUGUACGAGAACUUCGUCAUGACCGUCCUUUUACAGUAUCGAUGGCGAAUGCUGGGCCAAAUACGAACGGGUCACAAUACAACAAACAUACCGUGUUUGGUCGAGUCACGCAAGGCAUGGACGUUUGCACAAUGAUCGAAAAUGUCAAGACGGAUACGAUGGACAAGCCACUGGAUGAAAUCCGAAUAAUGAGUGUGGACAUUGAGUAA